GGCCCCGGGGCCGGGCCCGGCCCGUUGUUAUGGAGCCGGGGGAAACAGGAGUAAACACGGCCGGGCCGUCCCGGGCCGCCCGCCCGCCUUGGCCGGGGCUCAGCGGGGAGCGGCUCGGCCGGCCCCGAGCAUCCCGGGCGGCGGGGGGAGGCUGCGGUACGGGCAGCGCCCGCGGGGCACCGCGCUGCCGGCCCGGGGCAUCCCCAGCCCCCCCCCCCCCGAACCCCCGCUCCCCCUCCCCGCGGCCCGGGGCGGGGGGAAGGAGCUCCCGGGAUGAGCUCACUCCUGCUGCGGGGCUUGGGCCGCGUCCCGGCGCUGAUUUACGCCGCUGAGCGCCCUCCAGGCGGGCUGGCUGCGCUCGCCCCUCUCCCGCCCCGGGAGCACCGCCCGGCCCCGGGGCUCCGCCUGCCCGGGCAGCGCCGCCCGGCCCGGCGGCUGGCACUUCGCCGGGGGCACCCCCGGCAGCGCAUCCCCGGAUCCCCCGGGCUGGGAUGCUCCGGCGCUGCUGGGGCGGCUCUGGCUCGCAGGGAGGCGGCCCCAGACUGCCUGACCUCCCGGUGAACCGGCGCCUGCCACACUCCAUUUCUCUGACCGGGAGCCGCGGCAGCGGCGGGGCGGCCGGCGGGUCACCCGCAGCCCCGGGCCCGGGACGCCGCGUCCCGCUCCGCUCCGCUCCGGCCGGCGGGGCUGCAGCCGGGGCACCGCGGCCGAGCGCCCGCCGGGGUCCCCGGGAUGCGCGGCCGUGAUUGACGGCUCUUUGUUUCCUCCUCGCCGGCAGCGCCGGCCCCUCCCCGCUCGCACCACCCCGCCCCGCCGCGCUCCGCUCCGCACCGGCGGCACCGGCGGCAUGGGGGCACCGGCGGGCGCGGGGGGCCCGGCGCUGGGCGCGCUGCUGGCGCUGCUCCUGCUGGCCGCCGCCGGCGCGGCUCGCCCGGGGCUGCACGUCAUCGACCUGCUGAUGGUGAGUGAGGCCCGGCAGAUGGCCAGCAUAACGCACAAGAUCCGGAUGGAGCUCCUGACGGUUAACGACAUUUACCUGCUCUCCACCUUCCGCCUGCCCCCCAAGCAAGGGGGGACCCUCUUCGGGCUCUACUCCAAGAAGGACAACACGAGGUGGCUGGAGGUCUCCAUAGUGGGGAAAAUCAACAAAGUCCUGGUGCGCUACCUGCGGGAAGACAACAAGCUGCACUCGGUCAACCUGCAGCACGCGCACGUGGCGGAUGGGCAGAGCCACACCAUCAUCGUGCGCCUGAGUGGGCUGCGCGGGGACAUGCUGAGCGUGGAGCUCUACAUCGACUGCAAGCAGACAGACUCCAGCGUGGGGCUGCCCGAGCUGUCGGAGAUCCCCCUGGCAGAGGUGGAGUCCAUUGAGGUGCGCACGGGGCAGAAGGCCUACCAGAGGAUGCAGGGGUACGUAGAGUCGAUGAAGCUGAUCCUGGGAGGCUCCAUGAGCCGCGUCGGGGCCCUGAGCGAGUGUCCCUUCCAAGGAGACGAGUCCAUUCACAGUGCAGUGACAAGCGUGCUGGCCUCCAUCCUGGGCGAGCAAACCAAGGCACUGGUCACACAGCUGACCCUCUUCAACCGGGUCCUGACCGAGCUGCGGGAGGACAUCAGGGACCAGGUGAAGGAGAUGUCUCUGAUCCGCAACACCAUCAUGGAGUGCCAGGUCUGCGGCUUCCACGAGCACCGGUCCCGCUGCAACCCCAACCCCUGCUUCAGCGGCGUGGACUGCAUGGAGACGUACGAGUACCCCGGGUACCGCUGUGGGCCCUGCCCGCCGGGGCUGGAGGGCAACGGCACACACUGCGCCGACAUCGACGAGUGUGCUCAUGCCAACCCCUGCUUCCCUGGCUCCAAGUGCAUCAACACAGCCCCCGGCUUCCGCUGCGAGCCCUGUCCCCGCGGCUAUCGGGGCAACACCGUCUCUGGUGUGGGUGCGGACUAUGCGAGGGCCAGCAAGCAGGUUUGCACAGAUAUCGAUGAAUGCAACGAUGGGAACAACGGGGGCUGUGACCCCAACUCCAUCUGCACCAACACACUGGGCUCCUACAAGUGUGGUCCCUGCAAGUCAGGGUUUGUGGGGAACCAAACGUCCGGCUGCAUCCCGCAGAGGUCCUGCAGCACUCCCACCUCCAACCCCUGCGACAUCAAUGGCUUCUGCAUGUUCGAGAGGAACGGUGAAAUCUCCUGCGCGUGCAAUGUGGGCUGGGCUGGCAAUGGCAAUGUGUGCGGGCAAGACACAGACCUCGAUGGCUACCCAGAUGAGCCCCUGCCCUGCAUCGACAAUAACAAGCACUGCAAGCAGGACAACUGCCGCCUGACACCGAAUUCAGGGCAAGAGGACGCCGACAAUGAUGGCAUUGGGGACCAGUGUGAUGACGAUGCUGAUGGUGAUGGCAUCAAGAAUGUGGAGGACAACUGCCGGCUCUUCCCCAACAAGGACCAGCAGAACUCAGACACUGACUCCUUUGGGGAUGCCUGUGACAACUGCCCCAACGUGCCCAACAACGACCAGCGGGACACAGACAGCAACGGCGAGGGGGACGCUUGCGAUAACGACAUCGAUGGGGACGGGAUUCCCAACAUGCUGGAUAACUGCCCCAAGGUGCCCAACCCUCUGCAGACAGACCGGGAUGAGGACGGUGUUGGGGACGCCUGUGACAGUUGCCCUGAAAUGAGCAACCCCACUCAGACAGAUAUGGACAGCGAUCUGGUAGGAGAUAUCUGUGACACCAACGAGGACAGCGAUGGGGAUGGGCAUCAGGACACCAAGGACAACUGCGCUGAGAUCCCCAACAGCUCCCAGCUGGACUCAGACAACGAUGGGCUGGGGGAUGACUGUGACAAUGACGAUGACAACGAUGGCAUCCCUGACUACACAGCGCCUGGCCCAGACAACUGCCGCCUCAUCCCCAACCCCAACCAGAAGGACUCGGACGGGAACGGCGUGGGUGACGUGUGCGAGGAGGACUUCGACAACGACACGGUGGUGGACCAGCUGGACGUGUGCCCCGAGAGCGCCGAGGUGACACUGACUGACUUCCGCGCCUACCAGACCGUCAUCCUGGACCCCGAGGGAGAUGCCCAGAUUGAUCCCAACUGGGUUGUCCUCAACCAGGGCAUGGAGAUCGUGCAGACCAUGAACAGUGACCCAGGCUUGGCUGUUGGCUACACAGCCUUCAACGGAGUGGACUUCGAGGGCACCUUCCACGUCAACACUGUCACCGAUGAUGACUACGCCGGCUUCAUCUUCAGCUACCAGGACAGCGCCAGCUUCUACGUGGUGAUGUGGAAGCAAACGGAGCAGACAUACUGGCAGGCCACCCCCUUCCGUGCCGUGGCCGAGCCGGGGCUGCAGCUCAAGGCAGUGAAGUCCUCGACGGGCCCUGGGGAGCACCUGCGCAACGCGUUGUGGCACACGGGCCACACACCCGACCAUGUCCGCCUGCUCUGGAAGGACCCACGUAACGUGGGCUGGCGGGACAAGACGUCGUACCGCUGGCAGCUGGCGCACAGGCCCCAGGUGGGCUAUAUCAGGGUGCGGCUGUACGAGGGCCCGCGGCUGGUGGCCGACUCCGGGGUGAUCAUCGACACCACCAUGCGCGGGGGGCGGCUGGGGGUCUUUUGCUUCUCCCAGGAGAACAUCAUCUGGUCCAACCUGCAGUACCGCUGCAACGACACGAUCCCCGCCGACUUCGAGCCGUUCCGCCGGUUCCUGCUGGAGGGACGCGAGUGAGCGGCCGCGCCCGGGCCGGGCCCCCCCAGCCAGUGGCACCCCGGGGUGCCCCGGGCCCCGCAGCCGCUCCCGGCCGGGCCCCUCUCCCGGCCCCCCGCGGACUUUGCACUGCCGGUACCGGGGCGAGCGGGGCCCCGCGGGUGGGGGGCUGCUCCCCCGCCCCGCCCGGGCGCUGCGGCCCCUGCCCCAUGUCUGGCCAUAAA